AUGGUGUACACUUCUGGUCGCUACUGCGUACGAAAAAACACCAACACCCAGAUCAUCGCACGCACAAUGCUGGAAUGCCGCAAACGUGGUUGGCGGCAAAUCGUUUGUCUGUACCGCGAAAGGUGGUUCGUGACGAAACGGCGACAGGCGACGGCGACCGCCGACCUGGCGAAUCGUUCGUAUUACGAUAAUAGGGGCGACGAAAAAGCUGAAAGCGACGCCUUGCCUUGCAAGAAAUCCGUUGUCGUCGCCGACGACCGACAACCCGGUUGUCACGGUAAAGCCAAUCAUCGACCAGAUCUGAGCAUCCGAUUUGCACUUGCCACGACUUGCGCUAAUCAUGACCCGGUCGUCGUUGGCGCGUACAAAAAUCGCUACCCAUUUCUGCACACCGAGAGUGCUAUAGAGCGAAAGCAUACGAUUUUCUGGCACCCAUUUGCAGGCAGAGGUGGAUUGCUGACCUUCGCCCAGCCGCCACCGGCUACUUCAGGCGAAGAUGAGAUCUCUUAA